AUCAAAACAGUCCAGCCUACGUAGCGCACUAAACUGACACGAAUCGUCGCCACUGUGAUUUUCUUUUUUCUUUUUCUCUUAGUAUGCUGAACGAAGCCGAUACAAACAAUCUGAUCCGAUGGUCUGACGAUGGACGUGCUAUUUGCAUCCCUGACGUUGCCACGUUUUCGAAAGAUAUAUUAUCACAGUAUUUCAAGCAUAGCAACUGGCCAAGCUUCAUCCGCCAACUGAAUCGUACGCUAUCAUGCUCACGACCAUUAAUAUUGAUGUCGUCUAACCUUCUAACUGAUAUAUUCGUCUCUCCAGUUUAUGGAUUCCGCCGUGUCAAUUUGCCAGAUCCCUCAGCCGGAAACGAGCCACGGCAAACGUACUACUUCAUGAACGAAAACUUUAUACGGGACGAGAGCGAGCUCUUGCGUCGAAUCAAACGACGGUCAAGCGUCAGAGUUCCUCCCGAUGAAAGAUCACCAGAAAACCGACAGAGACGCCGGUCGCCAUCGUCAUCCCGUAGAGGAUCCGAUGACAGGGAACAUAGCAACGAUUAUGUCGAGUUUGCAAGUAAUGCGGACGCAGCGGAAGCAAGGAUCCUGCAACUCGAUCAAAUGGUCAAAUUCACUGAAGAGCAAUGCUCAAAUCUUGCAAGCAAAGCCGUAGAGCUGCGUUCGGUAUACAACAAGCAACAAGAGCUGCUGUCGACGCUUUUGGAGUCUGUGCAAACAUUGUCCUCCAUUGUCAACCCCAAUUCAGGUAUAACAGAGAUAUUUUUUUGUGUUGUAAAAGAUUGGCCUGGCCUGGUCAAAUAAGGCUGUCCAUAUUUAUAUCUUUUUCCAGAACAUACCGACCUUUUGGUUCAGGCAGUUCGGCAACAGAAUCAGGUUAUCAACAUAAGCAAUAGCAGUAGCGGUAGUGGUAAUAUUGAUGGUAAUCGCGGCUUUGUACCGCUGUCAGUA